AUGAACAACAGUUCUUUGCCAUCUGAUUCACCAACAACAGACUACAGACUGUUCCUUUACACCCAGCUAGCUACUGGCAUCUGUCUGGCGAUUCUAUCACCUAUAACAAUCACAAGUAAUGUGUUGCUACUAUUUACUCUGUUUAAAGAUCCUCUCAAAUGCUUCCGUGCACCAGCUACGUAUUUCAUCGUCGCUUUAGCCUUGGUUGAUUUAACAACGGGCCUGCUUGUUGAGCCUUUCUUUAUAAUGCACCGUGUGGCAACGUAUGUAAAAGGGUCCCCUGCUCCAUGCGAGCCAUACAACACCUUAUACCAAAUCGGAGUUUGGUUGUCUUACGUGGGCCUCAACGCGUCCUUUCUGCUUGUUCUUGGUCUCAUUUUAACGCAGUACGUCGCCAUAACAUACCCGCACCACUAUCGCUCAGAAGUGACAACCCGCAGGGUCCUCGCUUGUGUUGGGUUCUCGUUGGUGUACUUUACCGGUUUCAUUCUGUUGCAGUUCGUUGUUGUCCCCAAAGAAACCUUGUUUCAAGUAGAUUUGCAUCUUCACUCGACACUGAUAACGGUUUUGUUAAUCCUCAGUUCCGCGAUACUUUUGAGAUCACUUCGCCAUUUUGCCACAGAAUCUCGACGGCUUGUAGGGGAAAGUGGCGUUGAGACUGGAGUGCAUGGGAGACACACAGGCAAACCUCGAACGAACAGAAUUAGCGAGAAACAGUUUACAAUUGUUACCUUACUUUUAUCAGGAGUUUUCAUCGUGUGUUCUCUUCCCCACAUCAUUACAGUCCAUAUGAGAUUUUACAAGAAGCAGCACACUCUACAAGAGAGGCUUGACCUUUCUGCUGCGAUCACUAUUGCGGACGAAAUGAUGUUCGUGAAGGUGGCAUUAGAUGCGUUCAUCUACGCGUGGAGACUGACAAAAUACCGCAAGUCGUUAAAACUUGUGCUGACUUGCCGCAGGAAUCAAGUCUUACCCGAAACUACUGAAGUAAUGACGAUGGAGAAUUUCACUUUUCAACAGUACAAUCCCGAACUCUCGUCAAAUCAUCAAGACCGUCCCAAAAUCAACCUCCACGACCAACUGUAG